AUGAUUUCUGGUAGAGGUGGAGGAGGUACAGCCAUGCGUGCUGGUCGCAUUCGGCCCCCGCGCCGCCCGGGCAGGCUCACUUCAGGUAUCGACACGAGCGACUUCGAGCAGUGCUGGGAAACCCUCAAGCAGGCCCUUACAGACAUUCAUAACCAAAACUGCAGCACCCUAUCAUUCGAGCAAUUGUACCGAGCUUCGUACAAGAUAGUACUUAAGAAGAAGGGAGAGAUGCUCUAUGACCGUGUCAAGCAGUACGAGGAACAAUACUUUGCCGAGCAUGUCAUCCCCGACAUCGAGCGGCUCGUUACCGCGAAUCUAGUUAGUGCCGCCAUGGGUGGCUCCGCCACAUCAGUCAACGAGCGGCGCAAGAUGGGUGAACACUUCCUGCGGGGCGUGAGAGCCUCUUGGGACCAUCACAACACCUCCAUGAACAUGACUGCGGACAUUCUCAUGUAUCUCGACCGCGGCUACACACAGGAUGCUCGUCGUGCGUCCAUUUAUACUGCGACUAUCGGUCUGUUCCGAGACCAUAUUCUGCGGGCCAACCUCAAUUCAAGUGGCGAGUAUUCCGUCUUUGAUAUUCUCGACUCGGUCAUUUUGGAUCACAUCAACAUGGAGCGGGAUGGGGACAAUAUUGAUCGUCAUUUGUUGCGGAACAUUGUCCGCAUGCUGGAUUGCCUUUACGAGUCGGACGAAGAGAACGAGGCAGAAAAGCUCUACUUAACAACUUUUGAGCCGGCAUAUCUCCAAUCUGAACGGGAGUAUUACAAGCAGGAGUGUGAACGAUUACUUCGGGAUGCUGAUGCGGGCGCAUGGCUUCGACACACACAACGCCGCCUGGCAGAGGAGAACGACCGUUGCGAUACGACUAUCCACUAUGAAACAAGAGAGAAGUCCAUCAAAGUCGUUGAAGAGGAGUUGAUCUCGGCGCACUUGGACGAAUUUUUGAACCUCGAAGGCAGCGGUCUGAAGUCGAUGGUUAACUACGACCGGGAAGAAGAGCUUUCCAUCCUCUACCAGCUUGUGUCAAGGGUCGACCCCAAGAAGACAUCGCUGAAGACGAUUCUCUCUGCCCGGGUGGUCGAACUUGGCCUCGAAAUCGAACAGAUUCUGAAGGACACCAACUUCGCCACGGCUGCAGCGGCUGAUGGUGAAGAUGGAGAGGCCGCAGAGAAGACGAAGACGUUGAGCUCUUCGGCUCAGCAGACAGCUGCUGCGAUCAAAUGGGUUGACGACGUGCUCAAGCUUAAGGACAAGUUUGACAACCUGUGGAAGAAAUGCUUCCAGGAGGACCUCAUCAUCCAAACCGCUCUUACCAAGAGCUUUUCUGACUUCAUUAACAUGUUUACCAAGAGUUCAGAGUAUGUCUCAUUGUUUAUUGACGACAACCUGCGCCGCGGAAUCCGGGGCAAAACCGAGACCGAGACAGAAGAGGUACUGGAGAAAGCCAUUACCAUUAUCCGCUAUCUCUCCGAUAAGGAUCUCUUUGAGCGAUACUACCAGAAACAUCUUGCCAAGCGCUUGCUUCACAACAAGUCUGAGAGUCACGACGUUGAGAAGUCGAUGAUUUCACGCAUGAAGCAGGAGCUCGGUAACCAGUUUACUGCCAAGUUUGAAGGCAUGUUCCGAGAUAUGGAGUCUUCUUCCGAACUUUCAGCGGGCUACAGAGAUCAUAUUCGUGGCUUGGGCGACGUCGAACGUAAACAGAUCGACCUUGGCGUCAGUAUCUUGACCACCAACUCGUGGCCCCCUGACAUUAUGGGCCGUACCUCACAAUUUACGGACGGCACGGGCUGCACCUGGCCGGACGAGAUCAAGCGUCUUCAGGAUAGCUUGCUCAAGUACUACCUCACCAACCGCAGUGGUCGCAAAUUGACCUGGCUGGGUUCGACCGGUAGCGCUGACAUCCGAUGCGUUUUCCCUGCUAUUCCCGGCGGUAAGGGGCCACUGUCGCGCGAACGGAAGUAUGAGAUAAACGUUCCGACAUACGGCAUGGUUGUUCUUCUGCUCUUCAAUGAGCUGGAGGAUGGUCAGGAGCUCUCUCUUGAGGAGAUCCAGGCCAAGACCAACAUCCCCAACCAGGACCUUGCCAGAAUCCUUACCUCUCUCUCCAUCGUCCCGAAGGCCAGGGUACUUGUCAAGGAGCCCGCCAACAAGGUCAUCAAGCCCGGCGACAAGUUCAAGUUUAACAACGCCUUUGUCAGCAAGACGGUCCGCAUCAAGGCGCCCAUUAUUAACGCCACUUCCAAGGUCGAGGGUGAUGAUGAGAGGAAGCAGACUGAGGAAAAGAACAACCAAACCCGUGCUCACGUUAUCGAUGCCGCACUCGUCAGAAUCAUGAAGCAACGCAAGGAACUUACCCACUCGCAUCUCAUUACGGAGGUCAUCGACCAGCUCAGCAGUCGUUUCAAGCCUGAGAUCAGCCUUAUCAAGAAGCGUAUCGAAGACUUGAUCGUGCGCGAGUACCUCGAGCGAGUUGAGGACGUGUCGACCCCGACCUAUCGCUACUUGGCUUAA